AUUUUGACAGUUGGCGUAAAAGGUCGUGUUACAGGUUAACUUUGUAAUAAAAUAAGUAAAUUUAUCGAUAUUUGAAUAUUUUACAAUGGCUAGUGAUUCAAAAAAGCAAGAUAAAAAGUCUCAGAAGGGUCCUACGCCAGAAGAAGUAAUAAAUGGCUUUAAUCAAUUGCGUUUGGAUCAACGUAACAUUGCAACAAAAGUUGCAGAGUUAGAACUUGAGGAAAAUGAGCACAAAAUGGUGAUAGAAACAUUGAAACAAGUUAAUGAAGAUAGGACUUGUUAUCGGAUGGUUGGUGGGGUUCUUAUGCAGAAAAAGGUUAAAGACAUUUUACCAGUGCUCCAGUUAAAUCAGACCAAAUUGGCAGAGUUAAUAGAGAAAGUUAAUGAGCAGUUUUGGAAAAAAGGAAUGGAAUUGGUCGAGUACAAAGAGAAGCACAAUAUCAAAGUUGGGGGUCAAGAUGACUUUAAAGAUGAUCAGAAAGAGACUAAACCAUCAGAAAGUCGUGGAAAUGUUUUAGUGUCUUAAUAAUUAUUGAUUGUUGAUUAUAUUUUACUCAUUCUUGCUUAAUUUAACUGCUCAUUUUAAAAAAUUGUGUGUAUUUUUAAAGCCUAAUUAUGCUAACUGUUUGUUCAAGUUUUAAUAUAUUAAUGUAGAAAGGCUAUAAAUGUUUGUUUUCACUUUAAUAAGUUACUCAUUUAAGAGCCUUUCUACUGGAAUAUUACACUAUUUGAUCAUGAAUGAGAAUUGUAAAAUAUGUUUGCAUUGCAAUUUAUUAUAUGUUAAUUUUUCUUAUUUCAAUGUGGUAAAGAUACAAAGAAGAAUUGAUUGCUUUUAUGUACCUAAUUUUUGCUCUAAUUUCUAAUAAAUAUUUUUUCUUUAAA